AUUUCAGUGAGCAGUUGAAACAAGAAACGACUCAUGUGUGCAGUUCCUCCCACAUUUCAGCCUUUUGUAGUCCUUGUCUGUCAUUCAAUAUAAGCGGAGCGUAUCGUUCUGCACACUUUAAAAUGGCAGACAACAUUUAAAAUUAUAUUUUGAUGCAAAGCUUAGCUGUGAAAUUUGAUUGCUAAAGAAAAACUGAAAUUCAAAAAAGUACUCAAUUUCAUUUUCAAGGACUUGUGGGCCUUAAGAGUGACAUAUUUCUUCAUUCAAUAAACAAGCUGCAGGAGGGUGGAACAGUCUUGUGCUGCCGAGGUCAAUACUGUAAUUUGUGCCCAACUUAAGUUGCAGUAUGAGCCGUACUUUCACUUUUGACACGACACACCCAGACACACCUACAUACCAGGUCUCAGGAGCAACCUGCUCAUUCUUGAUCAGUGUCCUCCGUGAGUGGAUUAACACAAGUGGAAGAACGGAAGGAAGCAUUGGUUCAUGUUCAUGAGGAGUCCAGAUCAGUGGAGUGAUGGGAGCCACACUACUGUGCUGUCUCUUCUUCAUCUUCAGUCUCGCUGCAGCACGGGGCCUUGAAUAUUCCUUAAAAGGUCAUGAGAUCUACAUCAAGCCGCCAGACUUUGUUCCUCCAGAGAAGAUUUUUUGGAGACAUAACGGCAAAGAAGUUGUUAUGGUCAACGGCAGAGAAAAACAGGAAUACGGCUCGUACAAAGGCAGAAUCAUGCUGAACCGGUAUUCUGCAGAGCUCUGGAUCAAAGAUGUUCGGUUUGAGGAUGGAGGAGAAUAUGAGUUGGAGGUUUGGCACAAAAACCAGGAGAAUCCAGUACAAAAGAUGUAUUAUCAUUUUGAGGUCAUUGCUAAAGUCUCCAUCACCAAUGUUUCCUGUGAGAUGGAUGGUGACCACCAGGCAAAGCUGGUCUGCUCUGCUGAGUCCAGUCACCCUCAGUUACUGACCUUUGAAUGGAGCUUUGAUGGGACUCAACAUCCUGGCUCCAACCUGACGAUUGGUCUGAACAAAGAUGACAAGAGGGUGUUCACCUGCCAUGUGAAGGACCCUCUGAGCGAAGACAAAGCUACAUUAGCAGCAGGCAAAUGUUUCCCAGAAAAGAAGGAUUCUAUCAUCUGGAUUGCCGUCGUUGUGUCAAUCUUUGCUGUGCUCCUGAUUGUGGGCCUUGUGUACUGGAGGAGACGUAGAGGCUUACCUGAGAACCAGGCCAGAGAAGAACAUCCUCUUCUGAAUGAAGAGGAAGAGCUUGUCAGGCAGGCGGUCGAGGCUUCAAAUGAAGUUGUACUGAGGGACUGUCAGCUGUCAGAGAGAAGCUGUUUCCUUCUGUCCUCAGUCCUCAGCUCUCCGUCCUCUCGUCUGACACAACUGGACCUGAGCUACAACUAUGACCUGAAGGAUGCAGGAGUGGAGCUGCUGUCUGCUGGACUGAAGAGUCCACACUGUCACCUGGAGACUCUCAGGCUGAGCUGGUGUCAGCUGUCAGAGAGAAGUGGUUCCCUUCUGUCCUCAGUCCUCAGCUCUCCGUCCUCUCGUCUGACACAACUGGACCUGAGCUACAACGACCUGGAGGAUCCAGGAGUGGAGCUGCUGUCUGCUGGACUGGAGAGUCCGCACUGUCACCUGGAGACUCUCAGGCUGAGCUGGUGUGGACUCACAGAGAGAGGUGGUUCCCUUCUGUCCUCAGUUCUCAGCUCUCCGUCCUCUCAUCUAACACAACUGGACCUGAGCUACAACAUCCUGGAAGAUCCAGGAGUGGAGCUGCUGUCUGCUGGACUGAAGAGUCCACACUGUCACCUGGAGACUCUCAGGCUGAACUCUUGUGGACUGUCAGAGAGAAGUGGUUCCCUUCUGUCCUCAGUCCUCAGCUCUCCGUCCUCUCGUCUGACACAACUGGACCUGAGCUACAAUGACCUGGAGGAUCCAGGAGUGGAGCUACUGUCUGCUGGACUGAAGUGUCCACACUGUCACCUGGAGACUCUCAGGCUAAGCGGGUGUCUACUGUCAGAGAGAAGUGGUUCCCUUCUGUCUUCAGUCCUCAGCUCUCCGUCCUCUAGUAUGAUUCACCUGGACUUGAGCGAGAACAUGCUGGAAGAUCCAGGAGUGGAGCUGCUGUCUGCUGGACUCAAGAGUCCACACUGUCACCUGGAGACUCUCAGUCUGUCACAGUGUGCGAUCUCAGAGAGAGGUUGUGCUUCUCUGGCCUCAGCUCUGACCUCUAACCCCUCCCAUCUGAGAGAGCUGGACCUGACCUGCAAUCUACUUGGAGGACUCGGACUGGAGCUGCUGUCUGCUGGAGUGGAGAGUCCAGACUGGAGGCUGGAGACUCUCAGACACAGCAUGCUGGCUCCUCCUACUGGACAAUAUGAUGUCACUCGUGAAGAUGGAUCAGGACCAUCCCGACAGGUUUGAGCGGUGUCCUCAGGUGAUGAGCAGAGACGCUGUGACUGGUGUCUGUUACUGGGAGGUGGAGUGGAGAGGAAGAGUUUCUGUGGCCGUGACUCUCAGGAGAGACGGAGGGAAAGAAGACGAGUCUGAGUUUGGACAGAACUGUUAUUCCUGGAGUCUGAGCUGCUCUGAUGAUGCUGAAUAUAAAGUCUUGUCUCAGCAAGAGAGAAGAUCUGGAGCACACACAAAGCUGCGUGUGAAACACGUGUGUGUGAUGGUGUUGCUGCUUCAAGUCUCCCAUCAUAACUGCUGACAGUGACAAAUGAAGAAAUCGGCCCCUGAAGCAAACAUGUCUUCUGAAGAAAACAACACAAGAGAUGUUUGGACAAGAAAAGCUUUCGUUUUCAUUGUUUUCUGUCUUCACGUCCUGCUGAGCUCCAAUAUGUUCAUUAAAGUCACCGUUAAUCAUAAAACCGGAACAAGCUCAUUUACCUUACAACUAAAUUUGCAUGAUUCACUUCUUUCUUCUUAUGAUCAUUGUUGUUUUCUUGUUGUUUUUCUUGUUAAACUGAUUGAGUUAGAGAGAGGUUCUCAAUUAUUAUUUGACUCUACACAUGGUGGAAUUUUGAUGAGGAAUAUAUCACAAUAUAAAUUUCUCUAUCAUCAUGUAAAAAAUCCUUGUGCAUUUUUGACGCUCUGGUUGCUUGAAAUAUUAAAGGUACAAAGUGGCUCCCAAAUAAUAUUAAAUAAACGCUUGAG